CCGCGCGGGGUCGUGCUUAAUAUUCAAUGAUCUCGCUCGCGCCUCCCCCUCCUCUUCUCGCAGAAAUUCCACCGAGUCCGUUACUGGGCUCAGACUUUUAAGUUAAUUUACUGCCCCCCACCUUGGCCAGUAACCAGCGCCUUUAGGGCUAGCCUCCCCCCCAGCUCCUGACUGAAAAAUGACAUUUCGCCGGUGUCUCCGGAGGGGGCUGAAUUUCACUUUGUAACUUUCUGCGGAACCCGAGCCCGGGUGGCAGCUCGGGUGGUGGUAUCGUAUGCAAAUACGCAUGCUGACGUUACAGAUCAUGUGGGUUUUGGCGUAGAUUCCCCACUGAUCGAGGCAUUUUUUUUCCCUUUUUUUCCUUUUUUUUUUUUUCUUUUAAAAAUUUUGGCCACCGUUCUCCGUACGGGGGCUUUUUCUGUCUGUCUGUCUGUCUGGCAGGCUGGCUUUCCCCCUCUUUCCCACGGAGCCCGAGCCGGGCGCCCGGUGGGGAGUGGGGAGUGGGUGGGGGGAGCCAGCAGAGUUCCAUUUUGGAACGCCCGUGCCGCGUCUCCGCGUUCCCAGCCCGGGUCCCCGCGUUCCCAGCCCCAGCGCAGAUCUGGACGUACCGACUGCUCUUGGAGUGAAAAGAUUCCCAGGAUGUGAGCAACACGGGACCGCCCCUGGGCUGCUGCCUGCCCAUACUUGGCCCCUGUGCAGCAUCAGUAGAUGGUCACUGGUUGAGCAGCAUCAGAGCGGGCAUGCACAGAAGGGCCCCUCGUCCUGUGGCCGGUGCAGGAUGCCAUCUUUGCUUCAGGUGAUGCUCCCACUCUGAUAUGAUGCUUCCUGGUGUGUUUAGCGGUUGGUGCCAUUGCAAUUUUCUGUGCUGAAUUCAUUCCGAAAACUCAAACAGUAGACUUCAGCACAUAAGGAAAGCCAAAGCCAUUUGAGGGGGAAUAAAGCCAAAAGCCUUUCACCUUAUUCGUUCCAAGAAUCUCACUGCCUCCUCCUUACCCCCCUGCAAAAAUAAGCCAUUGCACACAGGCAGCAUGGCUAGCAAACGAAAAUCUACAACUCCAUGCAUGGUUCGGACAUCACAAGUAGUAGAACAAGAUGUGCCCGAGGAGGUAGACAGGGCCAAAGAGAAAGGAAUCGGCACACCACAGCCUGACGUGGCCAAGGACAGUUGGGCAGCAGAACUUGAAAACUCUUCCAAAGAAAAUGAAGUGAUAGAGGUGAAAUCUACGGGGGAAAGCCAGUCCAAAAAACUCCAAGGUGGUUAUGAGUGCAAAUACUGCCCCUACUCCACGCAAAACCUGAACGAGUUCACGGAGCACGUUGACAUGCAGCAUCCCAACGUGAUUCUCAACCCCCUCUACGUGUGUGCAGAAUGUAACUUCACAACCAAAAAGUACGACUCCCUGUCCGACCACAACUCCAAGUUCCAUCCCGGGGAGGCCAACUUCAAGCUGAAGUUAAUUAAACGCAAUAAUCAAACUGUCUUGGAACAGUCCAUCGAAGCCACCAACCAUGUCGUGUCCAUCACCACCAGUGGCCCUGGAACUGGUGACAGUGAUUCUGGGAUCUCGGUGAGUAAAACCCCCAUCAUGAAGCCCGGAAAACCAAAAACAGAUGCCAAGAAGGUGCCCAAGAAGCCCGAAGAGAUCACCCCCGAGAACCACGUGGAAGGGACCGCCCGCCUGGUGACAGACACAGCUGAGAUCCUCUCAAGACUCGGCAGUGUGGAGCUCCUCCAAGACACAUUAGGACACGUCAUGCCUUCUGUACAGCUGCCACCAAAUAUCAACCUUGUGCCCAAGGUCCCCGUUCCACUAAAUACUACCAAAUACAACUCUGCCCUGGAUACAAAUGCCACGAUGAUCAACUCUUUCAACAAGUUUCCUUACCCGACCCAGGCUGAGUUGUCCUGGCUGACAGCUGCCUCCAAACACCCAGAGGAGCACAUCAGAAUCUGGUUUGCCACCCAGCGCUUAAAGCACGGCAUCAGCUGGUCCCCAGAAGAGGUGGAGGAGGCCCGGAAGAAGAUGUUCAAUGGCACCAUCCAGUCAGUACCCCCAACCAUCACUGUGCUGCCCGCCCAGUUGGCCCCCACAAAGGUGACGCAGCCUAUCCUCCAGACGGCUCUACCGUGCCAGAUCCUCGGCCAGACUAGCCUGGUGCUGACUCAGGUGACCAGCGGGUCAACAACCGUCUCUUGCUCCCCCAUCACGCUUGCUGUGGCAGGAGUCACCAACCAUGGCCAGAAGAGACCGUUGGUGACUCCCCAAGCUGCCCCCGAACCCAAGCGUCCACACAUCGCUCAGGUGCCAGAGCCCCCACCCAAGGUGGCCAACCCCCCACUCACGCCAGCCAGUGACCGCAAGAAGACAAAGGAGCAGAUAGCACAUCUCAAGGCCAGCUUUCUCCAGAGCCAGUUCCCUGACGAUGCUGAGGUUUACCGGCUCAUCGAGGUGACUGGCCUUGCCAGGAGCGAGAUCAAGAAGUGGUUCAGUGACCACCGAUAUCGGUGUCAAAGGGGCAUCGUCCACAUCACCAGCGAAUCCCUUGCCAAAGACCAGUUGGCCAUCGCGGCCUCCCGACACGGUCGCACGUACCACGCGUACCCAGAUUUUGCCCCCCAGAAGUUCAAAGAGAAAACACAGGGUCAGGUUAAAAUCUUGGAAGACAGCUUUUUAAAAAGUUCUUUUCCUACCCAAGCAGAACUGGAUCGGCUAAGGGUGGAGACCAAGCUGAGCAGGAGAGAGAUCGACUCCUGGUUCUCGGAGAGGCGGAAGCUUCGAGACAGCAUGGAACAAGCUGUCUUGGAUUCCAUGGGGUCUGGCAAAAAAGGCCAAGAUGUGGGAGCCCCCAAUGGUGCUCUGUCUCGACUCAACCAGCUCUCCGGUGCCCAGUUAACCAGUUCUCUGCCCAGCCCUUCGCCAGCAAUUGCAAAAAGUCAAGAACAGGUUCAUCUCCUGAGGAGCACGUUUGCAAGAACCCAGUGGCCUACUCCCCAGGAGUAUGACCAGUUAGCGGCCAAGACUGGCCUGGUCCGAACUGAGAUUGUGCGUUGGUUCAAGGAGAACAGAUGCUUGCUGAAAACGGGAACCGUGAAGUGGAUGGAGCAGUACCAGCACCAGCCCAUGGCAGAUGAUCACGGCUACGAUGCCGUAGCAAGGAAAGCAACAAAAUCCAUGGCCGAGAGCCCAAAGAACGGGGGUGAUGUGGUUCCACAAUAUUACAAGGACCCCAAAAAGCUCUGCGAAGAGGACUUGGAGAAGUUGGUGCCCAGGGUAAAAGUAAGCAGCGAGCCAGCAAAAGACUGUUUGCCAGCAAAGCCCUCAGAGGCCACCUCAGACCGGUCAGAGGGCAGCAGCCGGGACGGCCAGGGCAGCGACGAGAACGAGGAGUCUAGCGUUGUGGAUUACGUGGAGGUGACAGUCGGGGAGGAGGAUGCCAUCUCAGACAGAUCAGAUAGCUGGAGUCAGGCUGCGGCAGAAGGUGUGGCAGAACUGGCCGAAUCGGACUCCGACUGCGUCCCUGCAGAGGCUGGCCAGGCCUAGACAGGGAAGUCUGUUAGAACUGCUGUGCUGAUCAAGGGGAUGCUCUGUCUUUGAAGAAAGAAGAGAUGGUCCCUCCCCAGCCAUGGGCCACCCUUGCCAGUGACUCCAAGUGGAACUACUUAGCUCGCGUGUGCCUGGAGGGUGCGGGAAGCCCAGUACUCUCAGACGCACCUCCGAGAGGACCGGUGGGAAUUGUUCAUAGUGCCAAAGUCCUACUACUGCGUUUUCAAUGGGUCCUUGUACAUAGUUUGCUCCUCUGCCCUAGCCCUCACCUCUUGCUAUACUGGAACCGAUUUAUACAAUGUGGGAAUUUUGUUACCUUUUUAAUCAAGGGCAACUUCCUUUUCCAGCACUACCAUUGUAAGGUUUUUUUCAGGAGGGAGGGCUAACCACCUUGCUUUUCUCUUUUCUCUUUUUCUUUUUUUUAUUUUUGUUUUAUUAAUUUGGGGAAAGGGGUAUUAGUAUUAGUUCCAUGAUAUCUACUGGAUUUUAAGUAGGGAGACUUUAUUUUUAAAGGUAGAUUGAAAUUUGGGAGAUUUCUCGGCAGGAAGGGCUGAAAUCCAGGCCCCCGUCUCAACUUGGAUAGAGGUGACAGAUGGCAGAUCUUCCAAAUCAAAUUCCUUUCCAGUUCUUCCCCUGGCUGCCUUUUUGGGGGUCCCUGGCUUAGUCCCACACAAGGCUUUCUGAACUGCCAAGAGGGGAUCUGGCUUCUCAACUGCUUGGCCUCUUGGGCCAGGCUGUGCCCAGCCAGCCCUGGGAGAACUGGGUAGCAGGUGGCUGACUUCUUUAAGCACCUUUCUAAAUACCAGCAGAAGAGGCUCCCGCCUCUGUUAGCAUGAUCAGUACUAUUGUGACAUUAAAACAACAACAGUAAGAUCUUCCUAUCUGGAGGGUACACAGGUGAAUGGCUUUGGUUUUCAUUUCUCUUCUUCACUGCCUUUUCUAGGUGUGGUAUUUGACAAGAUUUUAGCUCAAAGCCUCACCAUGAAUUGAUUUUUUUUUGUUUGUGUGUGUUUGGGGACAAUUUUAGAUAUCUGAGUGCACUUUUCUUCAGUUAGUCCUAACUUUUAAAAGAAGGAAAACCAAGAGACAUAUCUGGUGUACAUGUUGCAAUAUGAAUUCUGGUUGCAAUCCCUCCCCCUCCCACACUGCCCCCAUUUGAGUACACUGCACAAGUCAAACGCUAGGAAGUUUGAAUGAAACCAAUUUUUCUAACUUGUUGCUCAUUUGUUGUAACUCAAUAAAGCAAAGACUAAACAUUUUUAUAA